AUGCCGUGGAGUGUUCGGGCACCCUUCAUUUGCUCAUCGUUGCUCCUUCCUCUGCUUAUUGGGCGGCUUACCGUUGCAGACGGUGCACAGACAUGCUUGCCGGAGGCGCUGCCGGAAAACCAACGGUCAAACAUCACAGUCGAAGGCAUUUCGAUGCCUAUCGGCAUAACGUCAGGCGACUGGGAUGCAAACAUCAUCAUUAACGAGAUCGCUGGCAUCGUGGUGUCCGAGGUACUUGGCUAUAACUAUCGCUUAGGGCUGGAAAUUCAUUCCCUGAAUCGCUUAUUGCGACUGGCCGGUUGCGCGAACCCCGACAGCUGCACAACGCCUUCGUCUUACCACAUCGCCAUGGAAAUCUAUACGCCUGCUGCGGCGUUAAGCGAGUUUACUUCUGUUGCAAGCCAGAUGGGUGAUGCGGCUCCGCAGAACGUUGGCAGUAUUGGGUAUCCGGGAACUGAGGGGAUUUUCGUUUUCGAAGAACGGCGACAGGCGUAUCGGGCGGAUACCGGCUUGGAUUUAGCCUAUUACUUCUCUUACAAUGCUUCCUGGUUCCAUCCAGAGAACUACCUGGCAACUGUAAGCCAAGUGGAUCUGGAUCAUCUUCUUCCUUGUGGCCAAAGUGUGGACAUAGCAUGGCCCGCCAUAGGACAGCAGUACCUCAAUGCCACAGGUGAUGCUGACGGCGUGGAGAAUCGGCAGGGCAAGUGGUAUCUGAAAUGUUGGCACGACAAAUGGUGGCCAGCGCCAGCGUGCAGAUCCAACGUUUCGAACUGCGUUGCCAUUGUAACUGGCGAUGGUGCUUGGGGGAUGCGGACUCAUGUGCAGCUGGCUGCUUUUCACAACAUGCCAGUUGCCUUCGCCUCGGCCGUGAACUUCGAUGCUUACGCGAGCGUGACUCGGACGCUCAAGUCGCUGGCAUUCUGGUGGUCUCCCGACACGACGUUUUCCGACCUCCAACUUGCUCGCGUGGUCUUCCCCCAGUACGACGAAGCCGAGCAUGAGCAGGGCAUCUUCAAGACCGUAGACAAUGUAGAACCCUUGCAGAAUUGGAUCGCCGCUGAGUUGCUGAACGUGGCCCAACGAGCCGUCCGUUUUGUCCAAGGCUUCCGCAUGAGCGAAAGCGAUCUCAACGAGCUCCUGCGGACCCAUGUGCAGUCAGGCAGAGAUGCCAUCAGAGAUGCACGUGGCUCUGCUUGUGCCUGGAUUCUGACACACAGAGACCAGUGGAGCAGCUGGGUACCAAGCCAGACGGAUUGCACAGUGGGCCAAGGCCUGGCGGAUGCACAAGGGAACUUUGUGGCAGCACGACUGUGUCACUUGCCCACCCGGACGGGCGUCGGAGAGAUCGGCGAGUACGUUCACCUGCUCCCUUUGCCCGGUGGGGAUUCCUAUGGAGCUUCCUUCUGCAGCGACUGUGAGCUUGGUACCAUGGCUGCGGCGCGGGGCUCCACGCAAUGCACCUUAUGCAGGCUCGGUGAGUUCGCCAACUCCUCUGCUAUGAGCUUUUGCUUCUCUUGCAGUGCUGGAACAGAGCAGGAAGUCGAUUCUGGAAGGCACGUCAUCGAGGUUCAAGGUUCUUGCAAGCUCUGCCCGCGCGGCAGCCACUGCCCGGGCUCGAACGAAUUGGUACUUCUAGCCGGGUAUUUCUCCUCGGCUCAGGUGCCUCGGAAUUGCAAAGGGCCCUCAGACCUUCAGAGAAGGUGCGCAGUGUUUUGGGGCUUGUUACUGAAGCGUUUGCCCGUGAGGCACCCGGAGAUGUCUACGAAUGUGAGGAACAUCUUUGCCCAGGUGGGCAUCCGGGGACCUGCUCCGAUGGCCGCGACAAUGAAUCUAGGAAGCAAUGUGGAGGAAGCUUACUUUUUGUUGCCUUUGUCAUAG